AUGAGAACGUUGUCUUUUAUCACGAAAAAUCCAAUAUGUCGUAUUCUUUUGAUAAUUAUUAUUAUUCAACCAUUGAUCCUAAUUGAAAUAGCUGUAUUUCGUCUAUCACAUACACAAAUCGUUCCAUGUAUACAAGUAGUACAUGGUAAAACAGAACAAAUUAAUAUUAAUAAUAAAAAUGAAUAUCUUGCACGUGUUUAUCAACCAUUAUCAUCGUCUAUAUUACGUGGCAUUAUAAUUUUUUAUCCACAUGAUCAAGAAAUUUCUUUCUUACCUGAAUUACUAUGGCUUUAUCGUUCAUGGAUUGAAAUGAUGAAAACUGAACCAUCAUUAUGGCGAACAGAUUUAGUUAUUUAUACAGGAGUUUUUACUUUAAAUCUUCAACAACUUGGUUGUAUUUAUAAUCGUAUUCGAACAAAUAAAUCUGAAUCACCUCAAUGUCGUGUUUUUUAUUAUCAACGCGUACAUUUACGUGAUAUACAAAAUAUAAAUAAUACAGAUAAUCAACUUUAUCAACAAAUUGAUAUAAAUCGUUCAAUAUUACUUAAAACACGUCUUAAAACAUAUGAAUAUGUAGAUUCAAUUAAUAUAGUUGCUGAAUGUUAUCCAUCAUUUGCAAUGUAUGAUUAUAUUGUACGUACAGAUAUAGAUGUUUUUUUAACACCAUAUUUUGGUCAUUUUGUUCCAUACAAUGAUAUAUUACUGGUUGGUCGUGGUGGUUAUGCAACAAAAUUUAAUACCGGACGUUUCAGACGUAUUGCACGCGAUAUGAAUUGGUUAUAUGGAAAUAUAACUAAUAUUGGAUCAACUUGGUAUGGAUCACCACGUGUUGCCCAACGUAUUGCUAAUUUUACUUUAGAAGCUAUGUUAUAUUUAUCUAUAAAUGAAUUUACACAGCCAGAACGAGAAAGAAAAUUGGGCAUUUUACUUUGGCCUGAUUGGCAUUAUGGUGUACUUUUAUUAUAUGGUUCUGAAUUGGCAAUUAAUCAUUUAAUAUUAGCUGAAAAUAUUAAAUUAGGUUUAGCUAAUACAUUAUUAGAUCAAUUCACAACAACUAACAAUCCAUAUGAUUUUGAAAAGAAUAAACCUUUACAUUUACAUUGUUGGCAUACAUAUAAACAAUUUUCAAAAUUUCUAUUUAAACGUGGAAAAUAUAACGAUAUACAUCCACGUAAAUUUAUUAAUGAUACAUCAGCAUCUGGUUUUGCAAUGAGAAUGGCAUUGGAAUCUCGUUUAAUGUCAUCUACUGAUUUGAAAGAACAGUUGAUGAAUGCGAAAAAUUCGUCAAUAUUAUAA